AUGUACGCCUUCGCAGCUCGGUCAGCAGGCAGGCACGCAGGCCAACGCGGUGGAUGUUAUGACCGUAGAGGGAAGGCUGCGGAGGAUCCUGGCAGUACAUCAGGCCGCCAAGGAAAGGCAUUGGCGUGUGGCGAUGAGCAGGACCAUGCCGAGCCUGAAGGGCGGGGUGGUCUAAAGCGCAACAGCACCAAGGCGGCGGCGGCGGCGACAAAGGGCAGUCCAUCGGGCAGGCUCUCGCAGGAUGUGGCUGGUGGCGACGAGCAGGACCAUGCCGAGCCUGAAGGGCGGGGUGGUCUAAAGCGCAACAGCACCAAGGCGGCGGCGGCGGCAAAGGGCAGUCCAUCGGGCAGGCUCUCGCAGGAUGUGGCUGGUGGCGACGAGCAGGACCAUGCCGAGCCUGAAGGGCGGGGUGGUCUAAAGCGCAACAGCACCAAGGCGGCGGCGGCGGCAAAGGGCAGUCCAUCGGGCAGGCUCUCGCAGGAUGUGGCUGGUGGCGACGAGCAGGACCAUGCCGAGCCUGAAGGGCAGGGUGGUCUAAAGCGCAACAGCACCAAGGCGGCGGCGGCGGCAAAGGGCAGUCCAUCGGGCAGGCUCUCGCAGGAUGUGGCUGGUGGCGACGAGCAGGACCAUGCCGAGCUCGAAGGGCAUGAUGGUGGACGGCGCAACAACACCAAGGCGGCGGCGGCAAAGGGCAGUCCCUCGGGCAGGCUCUCGCAGGAUGUGGCUGGUGGCGACGAGCAGGCGCUGCCCGAGCCCGUUAUCGAAGGUAGGCGGUUCCUGGCUACAUCUGUCGUUGAUGGGAUAGGAGACCAGCGACGCGGUGGCGGUAUCGAUCAGGAUGAGGGCGAGCCUGCAGCAGUGGCUGAUGGGAAAGAGCAUGGACGUGAAGCUGUGAUUCCUUACAAACGACGCAAUGCUGUGGACUCGGCCGGUCGCGACCGUAAUGCGAGACAAGCUCGACAAGGCACGAAACAGUAUGUUUCGAGCUCGUCGGGUUCGGAGUCAAGAUCCAGCGACAGUGAGUCAGGCAGCUCAUCCGGGAGUGAGGAAGUAUACGAGGACGAGGAGGAGGAGGAAGAGGAGGAGGAGGAUGAGGAGUUGGAGCCGGAGAGCGCGGAUGAGGAGGAGGCUCGGCAUUCGAAGAGGAGGAGUGUGCGCAAGCUCAGGAAGGGCAACGGAAAGCGAAGAUCGGAGAGGGGUCGGGUGAAGAGCUGUAAACAGAGUGUGCGUCGUGCCAAAUCACAUGGCAAGCGCCAUAGACCUCGAUUCGAAGCUAAACUUGUGGGUGUGCGUACCACGGCGAAGCGGGAGUUGGAUUUUUACGAAUCCAUGGGGGUAAGAGGUCCAUCGAGCUCUAACGAUCGGAAAGCCGCGGACCCGUACGCUGCGUUACGCGGGCCGAUGGAUUCGGCUGGGAAGGGAGAUCCGAUGGCUUGGGGGUCAGCGCGGUUUGGCAGGGAAGCGAUGGACCCGCCUGCAAAGAAUACGGGGGGUCACGCGGUUCAUGUGAAAAUCGAGGGGGCAACGAAGCGGCACGAACCCUCGGCCGCUGCAGCAGCCGAUGACGGUGUGGGAGGAGGUGUGUGGGCGAAUGCCUUGGGUGAAUGUGGCGGCGGGGUGGAAGGCUCCAUGUGGGAUGUACGGGAAAGCAGGGGAGAAGGAGGAGUCUUGCAUCAGGAUCCGGCGACUAGGGAGGGGAGGGGCGAGAGCAUGGGCACACCUGGCGCAUCCAGUCGGCCCGAUGUGGCUGGCGGCAUGACGGUGGAGCAGCUCAUGCGGGAGCUUGCCCAGCGGGAUCGCGAAAUUGCGGCACUCAAGGCAAGGCCAGGAGCCAAAGGACCUGUCAAACCCUGCACCCCUCCGUCUAGGCCUCCUCCUCUUGCGUCUCUGUCGAGCGGCCCAUCUGCAGAGGGCCUCGAUCCAGGCGUGGCGCCAGAAAGCCCAGCGACGGUAGACGUACCGGUCCGCCGAACGCGUGGGAUGCCCAAGCCCAAGCUGCUGAAGGUGGGUAUGUUUAGAGUGUUUGUGGCAUUAUGCGCAGUGAAAGCGUCCUGGCUGCGGUGGGAUAGGCACUCCCAGUACGCCCCGCUUCAGGGAGCUGGCGCUGGGCGUACGAUACUCUCACACUCUGCCCCACCUCUCCUAGCUCACCAUAACUGUUCUAUUUCCUCACCCCCCCCCCCUCUCUAUCCCACGCGCCCAAUCCCUUCUUUCCGCCGCUCCUUCCCCCCCUCUCUAUCCCAUCCCUCUCCCUCCUCUUCCAGAGCCCCUCUAAACGGUGCUGCUGGUCUGGUAGCCCCUCUAAACGGUGCUGCUGGUCUGGUGUGGGUGGCAUGCGGCGCAGAGAUAGCAACAGCCCUCUCUGUCAACCCCACGCGCCCAAUCCCUUCUUUCCGCUUACUCCUCCCUCCCCUCUCUAUCCCAUCCCUCUCCCUCCUCUUCCAGAGCCCCUCUAAACGCGCAUGCUGGUCUGAUGUGGGUGGCAUGCGGCGCAGAGAUAGCAGCAGCCCUCUCUGGCACCUUCACACGCCCAAUCCCUUCUUUUGUCUUGCUCCUCCCCCCCCUCUCUAUCCCAUCCCUCACCCUCCUCUUCCAGAGCCCCUCUACACGGUGCUGCUGGUCUGGGGCGACGAGAAGGGAGCCGCGCGCCCCCCCCCCCCGGGGCGCCGCGACGGGCACCAGGGAGGGCGCCGCGACGAGCCCCCAGAGCCGCCUCGACGGGCGACGGGGAGGGUGCCGCGCGGGCCCCCCGAAGUCGCCUCGACCGGCGACGGGGAGGGCGCCGCGCGGGCCCCCCGAAGUCGCCUCGACGGGCGACAGGGAGGGCCGCGCACGGCCCCCGAAGUCGCCUCGACGGGCGACGGGAGGGGACCGCGCGUGGCCCCCGUGGUCGCCACGACGGGCGACUGGUGGGGAGGCCGCGCGGGCCCCCAAGGUCGCCUCGACGGGCGACGGGAGGGGAGGCCGCGCGGGUCCCCGAGGUCGCCUCGACGGGCGACGGGAGGGGAGGCCGCGCGGUGCCCCUCUAAACGCGCCUGCUGGUCUGGUGUGGGUGGCAUGCGGCGCAGAGAUAGCAGCAGCCCUCUGGCACCUUCACGCGCCCAAUCCCUUCUUUUGUCUUGCUCCUCCCCCCCCUCUCUAUCCCAUCCCUCUCCCUCCUCUUCCAGAGCCCCUCUAAACGGUGCUGCUGGUCUGGUGUGGGUGGCAUGCGGCGCAGAGAUAGCAGCAGCCCUCUCCGUCAACCCCACGCGCCCAAUCCCUUCUUUCCGCUUACUCCUCCCUCCCCUCUCUAUCCCAUCCCUCUCACUCCUCUUCCAGAGCCCCUCUAAACGCGCCUGCUGGUCUGGUGUGGGUGGCAUGCGGCGCAGAGAUAGCAGCAGCCCUCUCUGGCACCUUCACGCGCCCAAUCCCUUCUUUUGUCUUGCUCCUCCCUCCCCUCUCUAUCCCACCCCUCUCCCUCCUCUUCCAGAGCCCCUCUACACGGUGCUGCUGGUCUGUGCCCCUCUAAACGGUGCUGCUGGUCUGGUGUGGGUGGCAUGCGGCGCAGAGAUAGCAGCAGCCCUCUCUGGCACCUUCACGCGACACCCCUUCUUCCCGCCGCUCCUCCCCCCCUCUCUAUCCCAUCCCUCUCCCUCCUCUUCCAGAGCCCCUCUAAACGGUGCUGCUGGUCUGGUGUGGGUGGCAUGCGGCGCAGAGAUAGCAGCAGCCCUCUCUGUCAACCCCACGCGCCCAAUCCCUUCUUUCCGCUUACUCCUCCCUCCCCUCUCUAUCCCAUCCCUCUCCCUCCUCUUCCAGAGCCCCUCUAAACGCGCAUGCUG